AUGCUUAGAGGAAUAUUCAUCUCCACUCUCCGAUUAUUGAAUAGUAACAGUCCAAAUAAUUCACCUUUGAGUACUGCUGCUGCUGUAAAUGAUAUUUCCUCUCUGAAAUUACCUGUUGUUGCUCAAGCAGGACCAUACAAGGUCACUUUAGAAGAAGGAAAGAGAUACUCAUGGUGUACAUGUGGGCUAUCGGAAAAGCAACCUUUUUGUGAUGGCAAGCAUAAAGGAAGUGGCAUGAAGUCUCUUAAAUUUGAGGCAACUCCAGAAAUGUGUAAAGAAGUUUAUUUAUGUGGAUGCAAACAAACUGCAAACCCUCCAUUCUGUGAUGGAAGCCAUUCUAAAUGUGAGGUGACUUCUAGUAGUAGUCAAACAUCACCAAGCAGUGGUGGAACUUCUCAAACAUCCACAGAGGGCGAUCAUUAA